GCCAAUUUCACGGUAGUUAUCAAGCAACCCAGCUUGACUUGUUUGUGUUGUAAUUGUGUGGAUCCAGAUGAACCAUUGCUCCUAUUCUGCCUGAAAUAGCUUAAAAGCAUUUAGUCUGCUUACUAUAUAUUGUUUUGUUCCUCUAUGCUUUAGUUAUGUUGUAUUAUGUUUGAUGAAGAGUCACUAUAAGUAGAAUUUAUGAUUCAAUCCUCUAUUAACAGGGCUUGUCAGAAUCAGCUUCAACAGUGCACUCGCACAUCUAUUCAAGCCACAUAAGAAGCAUCAACUUGGAUGUAAAUUAAGACAUUGUUCUUAGUACUUCAGCUGAUCAUCAAAAUGAUGAGAACAUUGGACCAGAGAGACAUCUCAAGGACAAUGUUCUAAGGAGUCCUUUGACAGCUAAUGUGAACAAUUCCAAUUGGUUGUCCAAGUUUUGUUUGCCAACAAGACUGAAAGCAGAGUUAGGACGUAUUUUGGAGAAGAGUGAUGUUGUGCAAGACAUGAAGGAAUGAUGGAAUUUGCACAAAUAUAAAAUGCUGUCUGCUAUUAAAAAGACAAAGCAAAAGAAUGUCAGCAGUAUCCUUGAAGAGCUGGAGGAUUGUCCAGUUGAAGAUGAGAAAGAGGUCAAGAACCGGUGUAUAAUGGCAUGUUUGCCUUAUGUGUUAGAUGACCAACGCACCCAUCGAGAUAUGAACAAAAAGCUAUUUUGGGACAUUGUUGAUGGUAAAAGCUUGGGGGAAGUUCAAGAGAUCAUUAACAAUAAUUCGUCUCCUAGACUCCUAUCAACAGGAACAUUAAGAAACAUUCAUUCAAUAAUGUUGGCGGCUGAGGGGAUGAUUGUGGCAAAGCUGAAAACAGAAAAUAUUGUCAACGCAGUUAUUAUUUUACUUAGUUCUUUUUAUACUUUUAAUGCUGAGUAUCCUAAAGGCGUUAAUGGACAUGGCAAAAAUGUAUUUAUUCUUUUAGAACAUUUGCUUUUAAAUUCGAAUGGCAAUUGUAAUGCUCAAUUGCCAACUUUUGUUGAUCAUUUUAUUUCUUCUAUGAAGUAGAAAACUUUUGUAGUGUUAAUUAAUGGCAUGUAGUAGAGGUUUUAAGUAUUCUGUGUUUGCAAAAAAUGUGCUAUUUCUAA